CCCCGCAAAUUCAAAUUAUCGUUGCCAAUGGAAGAAGACCGGGAAGAAUUCAUACUUAUUCUUGAAAGGGAAUACCCGUCACUGUCUGACAAGGAAACCAAAAGUUUUUUACUGAAAUGGCAAAUUGAGUUUGAAGUGUUUAUUAUUCAACCACAGGUCUAUGAAGGGUAGACUUAAAGCAGUAACAUUCACUUUUGACCACAUGUUUGCGCCCUAUAGGGCCGAUUCAUUCUUUACAAAGUUUCUCAAUACCUCCAUGGUGCAACAAGUAUUGUCGAUUCCUCCAGCUUCUAUCAAUGUAAAUAUAAAGAGUGUCAGGUGUACUUUAACGAAUAUGGAUAUAUUUCAUAAGCUUUCGAGUCUUACCUAUGAAUCUGGGAAGAUUAAAAAAUGUAUGGAUGAAAUUUUUGAAACAAUCCUUAUUUCUGAUAAGUUAAGAGAAGUAAAAAUACUCCAUAUAUUUUACAGUCUUAGUGUCUGCUGCUCGAAGACUCACCAGAUUAUUGCCUGUUUACAGAAAAAGAGAGGGAUGAGUUUUUGUUUCGUUUGUUCAAGCACAUAUGUGUUGGAGGUGAGGUCUGUCAACAAGAGGAUGAGAUAAAGCCAUAUAUCGAUAUAACACGUAAAAUUUACAGAGAUUUGAUAAGUGUUCAGAAAAACCCAGUAUCGAAAAUGAUUGAAAUUAUAUCCCAUGUAUACGAAAUCCAGGCGAAUGAUGGUCAAAACUUGGUAUUUCCUUCAGAUAAAGAACACCUGAAUACAUUCGCCUACGCAAUCGUUGAUCCCUUAAAAAGAAAUCUAAUCCUGUUUUAUCAUACAUUUGGCUGUGGAGAAAUGUACUGAUAUAAAGCAUUUUACUCCUAAAAGAGUUAAAGUUGUGUAUAAUGGAUUUAUUUCUAGUAUUUUUGUUGACAUUUUCCUUGUAAUUGUAAAUUUUGCUUAUAUUCUGUAGAUGCAUGUUCUUUUACUUCCUUGACUAACAUUGAAGGCUCUGUUGGCCUUCGGUGGUAAAAUUUCAGGUUUAUAUUACGAUAGCGUUUAGAGGCUAGUGUAUAAUGUAUGCGUAAUCUAAGUCUACAGUGACCGGAUACCAGUUAACUAGAUGACAAAACGAAUAAAACAGAAAGCUAGCAAUUCGUAUUCGGAGGUAUUAUUUAUGUUUUGCAUUCAAAAUAAAUAGAAACAAGCAACAAUUGACAUUUACACACAACAAAAUACUAAAAAUUAUCGGUCACCACACCCACCAAAAUUCAAACGCCCUCUCAUGCUCUUAUAAAAGUCUGAGUCUUUUGAAAGUUUCUCAUCUUCAGACUGUUUCUCAAUUAGUGUAUUUCAUGGAGAUUAUUCGUACUUAUUUCUAAAUUAUCUAUGAAAUUGAGAUUAUUAACAAAUUCAUUAUUAUUACUAUUGAAACGGCCCACUGUUAUAAUUUUCACUCGAUUUAUACCCAGUGCGAACAGAGUGGUCUUCAAAGUUCAAAAUCGUCAUCAUUCACUUCCUCAUUUUGUGAGUAUGAGUCCCAUAUUGGGUCGAUAGUAAUUUCCUCUACUACGUAAAGUAAGUGGCUACCACCACUUGGUAUGGUUAGUGAUAAAGCCAGUAAGGGAUAUAAUUUCCUGAAUUCUUGAUGUUUUCAUUAAACGUGAAAUGUUUGCCGUUAAGGUUUACUUCCUGGACAUAAGCGUUAUGGUACCAG